AGCGAUCCGGCGAGGGCAAGAUUUUACGGCAACUUGCCCCACUUGCUACUGUCGAUCCAAUCAUUCUCGCGGCGCCUUCGUUCCCAUCGCUCUCUCCUCUCCUGGCGGCCGCGCUUGCCCUAUAAUUUUUCCUGCUCUUGCGAAAUCUAGCGCGGUCCCAAUGCGGUCGUGCCGCCUCCCUAUCCUACUGUAGCUGAUCUGAUCGCGAGGGAGUGCUAGUACUGGAUUGAAAUGACCUAGAGCGCGAGCGUGAGCCAUUCGAUCGCCAGGUGGGGACGCGGUGCGGGGUGCUAAGUGUAAAUUUCCAGGAGUAGCGUGUUGGGUUUGUACAGUUUAGUCUGUCGCUUUGUGAUAGAGACCGGGUUCCAGAAAGGAAGGAAAGGGGAGGAGAAAGAAAAAAAUAGGAAAAGCCAGCGAGUAGAGGGCUCUUUCUCUUCUCUCUCGGCUCCUCGACCUAGAGUUCUUUCGUGGCCUGGGAGAUAUGGACAAGGAGAGAUAUGAGCUGGUGAGAGAUUUGGGGUCUGGGAAUUUCGGUGUCGCGAGGCUGAUGCGGGAUAAGCGAACUCGGGAGCUCGUUGCUGUCAAGUUCAUCGAGCGCGGCGAGAAGAUUGACGAGAAUGUACAGCGAGAGAUCAUCAAUCACCGCUCCUUGCGGCACCCAAACAUUGUCCAAUUCAAAGAGGUGAUGCUCACACCGACUCACUUGGCCAUUAUCAUGGAGUAUGCCGCCGGUGGCGAGCUUUUCGAGCGGAUUUGCAAUGCUGGGAGGUUCACGGAGGACGAGGCUAGAUACUUUUUCCAACAGCUCAUCUCCGGUGUCAGCUAUUGCCACGCUAGUGAAAUAUGUCACCGCGACUUAAAGCUGGAGAACACGUUGCUUGACGGGAGCCCUGCUCCGAGGCUGAAGAUUUGUGAUUUCGGGUAUUCGAAGUCCGCUUUACUCCACUCGCAGCCCAAAUCCACUGUUGGCACGCCAGCUUACAUUGCUCCAGAGGUCCUUUCGAGAAAAGAAUACGAUGGAAAGCUUUCGGACGUAUGGUCGUGCGGUGUGACGCUAUAUGUCAUGCUCGUCGGCUCUUAUCCCUUCGAAGAUUCAGCAGACCCCAGAAAUUUCAGGAAAACUAUUCAACGAAUCCUUAACGUUCAGUACACUAUUCCAGAUUAUGUCCGGGUAUCUCAAGAGUGCCGGCACCUGUUGUCCAGGAUUUUUGUUGCAACACCCGCGAAGCGGAUCACGAUUUCAGAGAUAAAGAAGCAUCCUUGGUUCUUGAAGAACUUGCCGGUGGAGCUGCUACAGGAGGCUGACCCGACUCGUCCGAUCGACGAGUCGUCCUACUCGCAGAGUGUGGAAGAUAUAAUGAGGAUCAUCCAAGAAGCCAGGACUCGAGGAGCUGCGCAGUCGCUGGACGCGUACGACAUGGAGAUGGACAACGAGUUGGAUUUGGAUGUAGACGGAAGUGGUGGUGAUUUCCUGUGAUUUGUCAGGCUAAAACUGGCUCCUAAUAAUUACAAUGUCGGUUGUAUAUAAUUCUGUUUAAAAGAAAAUUCUUAAACUUUCAAAUGCUA